UAGUAUGGUUUCCCUGUCCGUCAAGAGCCGGCUCAGCAACCAAACCCAGAUUCCAGGAUAAUAUAAACGUUUUUUUGAAAGCUUGUGAACAGAUUGGAUUGAAAGAAGCCCAGCUUUUCCAUCCUGGGGAUCUACAGGAUUUAUCAAAUCGAGUCACUGUCAAGCAAGAAGAGACCGAUAGGAGAGUGAAAAAUGUUUUGAUAACAUUGUACUGGCUGGGAAGAAAAGCACAAAGUAACCCCUACUAUAAUGGUCCAUAUCUUAAUUUGAAAGCAUUUGAGAAUCUUUUGGGACAAGCUCUGACCAAGGCACUUGAAGACUCCAGCUGCCUGAAACGAAGUGGCAGGGACAGUGGGUACGGAGACAUCUGGUGUGCUGACCGGGGAGAGUUCCCUGUGCCCGCAGGCAGCCAUAGGAGAGAAGAUUCAUUUGAAAGCUUGGACUCUUUGGGCUCUAGGUCCUUCACAAGCUGCUCCUCUGAUAUCACGCUGAGGGGUGGGCGUGAAGGUUGCGAAAGCGACACAGAUUCUGAAUUUACCUUCAAAAUGCAGGAAUAUAAUAAAGAUGAUAUGUCCUAUCGAAGGAUUUCGGCCAUUGAACCAAAGUCUGCUUUACCAUUCAAUCGUUUCUUACCCAACAAAAGUAGACAGCCGUCCUACGUGCCGGCGCCCUUGAGGAAGAAGAAGCCGGACAGACAUGAGGAUAACAGAAGAAGCUGGGCAAGCCCCGUCGGCACAGAAGCUGAUGGGACCUUUCCAAGUAACGAGAGGAGAACUUGGGGCACACAUGUGGAGAACUGGACAGCAGUACAAGAAACUUCAGACUCCUUCUGUUACUUGGAGGAGGAAGAGGAAAGGACAAGCAUCCCCGACACUGUAAAGGAUGACCUUUAUGUGCGAAAGCUAAGCCCCAUCAUGCCAAACCCAGGGAACACUUUUGAUCAGUUUCUUCCCAAAUGUUGGAUCCCAGAAGAUGUGAACUGGAAAAGAAUCAAAAGGGAAACUUAUAAGCCAUGGUAUAAAGAAUUUCAGGGAUUCAGUAGAUGGAGCCCAGACUUUGAGGAUGAGGAUUCAGGCUCUGACAGAAGCUCUGCCAUUCUUAGUAGGAUGCAGAAAGCAGAGCGUAGGCUAGACGGCACCUGCCAAAGACGUUCACUCCUGAUGGAAGUAGCCAGGAGCACAUGGGACACCCAUGCAGCCAGGAGAACCAGUGGUGCUUCGGACGAGCCCAGUCCGUUUUUAUUACUUCAGGCCCUCCAAACAUAUUCUGAUGACAUCUUAUCUUCUGAAACAAAUAUCAAACUUGAUCCCACUGCUGGCCCAAGGCUCAUAACUCGCAGGCGGCAUCUCUCUUAUGCACCAGGGUAUAGAAGAGGUGACCUUGAGAUGUCAGCCCUCGAUCCUGACUUAGAGAAUGACGAUUUCUUUGUCAGAAAGACUGGGGCUUUCCAUGCCAAUCCAUGUGUUCUCCGAGCUUUCGAAGACUUCAGAAGGUUUUCUGGGCGAGAUGAUCCUGUAGAGCGAGAUAUAAUUCUGCAGUGCAGAGAAGGUGAACUCGUACUUCCAGAUCUAGAGAAAGAUGAUAUGAUUGUCCGACGAAUUCCAGCGCAGAAGAAAGAGGUGCCUCUCUCGGGGGCCCCAGAUAGAUACCAACCAAUCCCUUUCCCCGAGCCCUGGACUCUUCCUCCAGAAAUUCAAGCAAAGUUUCUCUGUGUACUUGAAAGGACGUGCCCAUCCAAAGAGAAAAGUAAUAGCUGUAGAGUACUAGUUCCUUCGUAUCGGCAGAAGACAGAUGACAUGUUGACCCGUAAGAUCCAGUAUUGGAAGCUGGGAACUUCUGUGCCUCCCAUCAGUUUCAUCCCUGGUCCCUGCAGUGAGGCGGACUUACGGAAGUGGGAGGCCAUCCGGGAGGCCAGCAGGCUUAGGCACAGGAAACGGCUGAUGGUUGAGAGACUCUUUCAAAAGAUUUAUGGUGAGAAUGGGAGUAAGUCCAUGAGCGAUGUCAGCGCCGAGGAUGUUCAGAACUUGCGGCAGCUGCGUUACGAGGAGAUGCAGAAGAUGAAAUCCCAAUUAAAAGAGCAAGAUCAGAAAUGGCAGGAUGACCUUGCAAAAUGGAAAGAUCGUCGAAAAAGCUACACUUCAGACUUGCAGAAGAAAAAAGAAGAGAGAGAAGAAAUUGAAAAGCAGGCGCUGGAGAAAUCUGAGAAAAGCUCUAAGACAUUUAAGGAAAUGCUGCAGGACAGCUAUGGUGUGUUUCUGCUAAGGGAAUCCCGAAAUGAGACGUCUACAAUUACAUUGAGGAGUAGAAUAUAUUCUUCUGAUGAUGUAUUGAGUGAAGACAAGCUUCCCCUGACACUAACUAUGUCAGAAGCAAGUCACCAGGGUGAGAGAGUAGAAGAGAAAGGAACAACUUAUCCUACAGAAAUUCCUAAACAAGAUUCUACAACUGUUGUGAAAAGAGAGGACACUCUACCAGCUGAAAUUCGGCUUCCUUCUAAAAGCCCCACGGAAGAACAACGCCCAGCCUCUUUGUCUUCCCAGCGUUCACUGACUACACAAAUGGAGUCGACUCGAGUUUCAGCUUCUCUCCCCAGAAGUUACCAGAAAACUGAUACAGCUAGGUUGACAUCUGUGGUCACACCGAGACCUUUUGGCUCUCACUCAAGAGGAAUCUCAUCGCUCCCGAGAUCCUACACGAUGGAUGACGUUUGGAAGUAUAAUGGAGAUGUAGAAGGCGUUAAGAGAAUUCAGUACAGUUCGGUCAGCACCUCUGUGCAAAAAUCUGACCCAAGCCAGCUGGCUUCCAGCUCCUUUGGUGAAAGAGAGGCAGUGACAUCGGGAGAGGGUAUGAUGAGGUUGCCCUCUCCUACACCCCCCUUCUCAUCUCUCUCCCAGGACUGGGCUUCCACUUCUAAUGCUACCUGGUCUUCAGUAUCUGGCCCCAAUUCAAUGUCUGAACUUGGAGAAGGGAGAAGCUCACCACAGACAGACGUGUCACGAUCAAAGGAUCAGUUCAGCGAUAUGAGAAUCAGCAUAAACCAGACGCCUGGGAACGGCCUUGACUUUGGGUUUGCAGUAAAAUGGGAUAUUUCCGGGAUCUUCAUAGCAUCAGUGGAAGCAGGUAGCCCAGCAGAAUUUUCUCAGCUACAGGUAGAUGAUGAAAUUAUUGCCAUCAACAAUACCAAGUUUUCAUAUAAGGACACAAAAGAGUGGGAAGAAGCCAUGGCUAAUGCUCAAGAAACUGGAAACCUAGUAAUGGAUAUUAGGCGGUAUGGAAAGUCUGAUUGGGGCAAAGACCAGCCUUCCCUGCCAUUUAUACGGCAUAAAACCCUCAAUCUCACCAGUAUGGCUACCAAAAUUAUAGGUUCACCUGAAACAAAGUGGAUUGAUGCAACUUCUGGAAUUUACAACUCAGACAGAUCUUCAAAUCUAUCAAUAAUGACUGAUUUCUCAGAAAGCCUUCAGAAUUCUAAUACCGAGUCCAAGGAAAUCAAUGGGAUUCGUGAUGAAAGCAGUACUUUUGAAUUAAAAGCAUCUGAACCUAUUUCUUUGAAAAACUUAAAAAGGCGAUCACAAUUUUUUGAACAAGGAAGCUCUGAUUCUGUGGUUCCUGAUCUUCCAGUUCCAACUAUCAGUGCCCCGAGUCGCUGGGCGUGGGAUCAAGAGGAGGAGCGAAAGCGGCAGGAGAGGUGGCAGAAGGAGCAGGACCGCCUGCUGCAGGAAAAAUACCAACGUGAGCAGGAGAAACUAAGGGAAGAGUGGCAAAGAGCUCAGCAGGAGGCUGAGAGAGAGAAUGACAAGUUCUUGAAUGAGGAGCUGAUGGUCCUGAACUCAAACAUCACAGCUCUGACCACACGGGAGCCUACUGUUGCCACCUUGGAAGCCACCUGGGAUGAAGGGUCCAAGUCUUCUGACAGGGAAGGAACCCGAGCAGGAGAAGAGGGGAGGAGACAGUGGCACGAGGAAGGGAUGAUUGAGGACCAAAGAAAGAAGCUGCAGGAACAACUUACUAUUGAGAAAGAGAGGGAACUGAAGGAGCAACAAUAUGAGGAAGAGCAGGAGGAGAUGCGGCGCCAGGCUGAGGCUGAGGAGCAGAAGCGCUACGCAGAAGAACAGAAGCGCCAGGCCGAGGAGCAGAAGCGCCAGGCUGAGGAGCAGAUGCGCCAGGCAGAGGAGCAGAUGCGCCAGGCAGAGGAGCAGAAGCGUCGCACAGAAGAACAGAUGCACCAGGCAGAGAGAGAGAGGGAAACGUCAGUCCGAAUAUACCAGUAUAGAAGGCCUGUUGAUUCCUAUGAUAUACCAAAGGGAGAGGAAGAAUCUUCAGGUUUGCUUCCUAGUGACAGGAAUAAAUCCAGAUCCACUACCGAGCUCGAUGAUUUCUCCACAAAUAAAAAUGGAAGCCAUAAAUAUUUAGACCGAGUUGGGAACGGUAGCUCAACACAGAGGAGCGCCAAGAAGGAACCAGGCCCAUCAGGAGCAGAGUUGGAGAGGCAACAGAUCCUUCAAGAAAUGAGGAAGAGAACAUCCCUUCACACCGACAGCAGCUGGAUCCGUCAGCGCAGUUCCAGCGUCAAUAAAGAGCCCAUUUGUCUGCCUGGGAUUAUGAGAAGAGGCGAAUCUCUAGAUAACCUGGAGUCCCCAAGGUCGAAUUCUUGGAGACAGUCCCCUUGGCUCAGUCAGUCCACAGGGGUCUAUGCUUCUUCCUCUGUCCAAGACUUCAGCCGCCCACCCGCUCAGCUGGUGUCCACGUCCAACCGUGCCUACAUGCGAAACCCGUCCUCCAGCGUACCCCCGCCUGCAGCGGGGCCCGUGAAGACCAGCCCCGCACCGUCGCCCACUCCACGCAGCCAUUUCCCUUCAACUUCCCCAUCCCAGCCACGCAACAGGUCAGUCAGUGGGAAGCGCGUGUGCUCCUACUGUCAUAACAUUCUGGGCAAAGGAGCUGCCAUGAUCAUCGAGUCCCUGGGUCUUUGUUAUCAUUUAUAUUGUUUUAAGUGUGUUGCCUGUGAGUGUGACCUCGGAGGCUCUUCCUCAGGAGCCGAAGUCAGAAUCCGAAACAACCAACUCUACUGCAACAACUGCUAUCUCCGAUUCAAAUGUAAGAGAGCAAAUCAGGGAGAAAAUUUCUAAUCUUUUAAGGAAACCGCGCGUUCCCAUGCAUUUCCCUGAACCUGUGCCCAUCUCCCCCUCGAGCUCCCUGCCUUAGAACUCCAGGUCUCAGGAACCCUAGUGUGGCCCACCCAUUCCAAGAGGGUACGGUGGGUGGGUCAGGGCUCGGGAGUGCAGCCACACAGGGUGGGUGUGGGGCUGAGGAACUGGAGAGGGGCGUGUGCCCGAGUCAGGACGAUGUCCUGUGGGGUCUGCUCCGUCUGGAGAAACUGCCAAUGACCUGAGGAUCCGAACAAACCGAAACACAGUUAACAUGAAUUUUUGGUGUAGACUGUCAUCAAGUGUUCUCUCAUCAUUAGCCAUUAGCUGAUUUCUAUUAUUCAACAAGGGGCUCUGAUUAUGUGAUUUAGAAUAUGAUCAGUUUUAAAAACUGUGGUUUGAAAGGUCAUAGAGAAUAGUCAGUUUAUGCUUUGUUAUUACGUAAUCAGAUAUCAGCAUAAACAUUUUUAAAAGGAGAGCAUGAAGUCUGAUUAUAUGGCAUUUCACUGUUAUUUUCGGAAAAGUUGAGUUUUUCAACAACGUCACAUGCUAUUUUGCGUCUAAUCAUGUUUUUGUUUCUAAGUGUGCUAUGAAACCGCGGGUAGCACGAUUAGAUUGCGUAUUGCUUAUAGCUCCACGAAGACAGCCAUUACUGCCGUGUAUAUUUUGAACCUUGAUGCUGGUAACAUGUGUUUCUUCCCAAUGUGAAAGGGUGUUACAAGUGGUAUCAGCAAAUCCCUUUGCUUUUGAACUCAGAGGUAUUUAUAUGGCCCUUUAUGUGAAGAGUGCUUUGGAAAUGGUUUCAGCCCAGUCAACUCUCUUUUAUCUGUCAGCGGGGUCUGAGUCUUCUUACCCCAGCAGCCCAGUCCUUCUCUGGAUGCUGCUUGGAGAAUGUCAAGGCUGGGUGUGCAAUGGCGGGGAGUGUGUAUAUGUGUGUGUGCUUUUCUCUCUUCAAUCAAAUUUCAAAGCCAAAUAGAAUUUAUAUUUGGGGGACUCACCAUGGAAAAAGUGCCCAUGCCUUUUCUCUUCUCCAACACAAAUAAAAGAGAGUUGAGUGUAACUUACUUCUAUACCAGCAGUUCCAAGACCUCUAGUAUCCAGAGGCUGGGGUUUGCCUCGCUUUAUCCUCAGUGAGUGACAAGGUGACUUUCUACCUCGAGAGGCCAUUCUCUGAGUGAUUACUGCUAUGCAUCCCAAACGGCAAUAUUCCAGAGUUUCUGAAUCUAAGCGCUGUUCUUUCUUCUCUCCCUGCCUGAUCAGCUGGACGGCCAACCGCCAUGUGAUGUAAGCCUCCAUACGAAAGCACUGUUGCAGAUAGAAGAAGAGUUGGUUGCUGCUGAUGUA